CCCGUGGUCUCGCUUGAUCACUUGACUACUGAAUUAAAUUUCUGACAGGCGUAGAACCUGACCCACUUCUCACAUAAAUUGAUAAGAACGUUGAUAAAUACUUAAAAAUCCUCCAGUACGAUCAAUCAUCUGCAGUUCGAAGAUGGAAAGCUUCAAUCUGGAAGAAACCCUCGAGAAAUAUCUCCCCGAAGUCGAAUUGAAAAAGGCAAAAGCUCAUUUGUACGGGACAGGCUGGAGGGAACGUCAGCCUUUCGUCACUGAUUUCGGGUUGAAAAUAAAGCUAUGUUCUCUCAUUGCGACUGCUCGAGAGGAGUCAUCGAAUCUUCGGAGAAUAGUCCAGGUGGGAUUGAUCCAACAUUCGAUAGUUCUUCCCACAGACAAACCAGUAAUAGAGCAACGAAAUGCGAUAUACAAUAAAAUCGAGAAAUAUAUUCAAUCUGCAGGGAGUAAUAACGUCAACAUCCUUUGUCUUCAGGAAGCCUGGCCCAUGCCAUUUGCAUUUUGCACUCGUGAAAAAUUCCCAUGGGUUGAAUUCGCUGAAGAUGCCCUGACAGGGCCCAGCACCGUACUACUAUCGAAAUUAGCGAAGAUGUAUAACAUGGUGAUAAUAUCUCCGAUUCUGGAACGAGACAGUACUCACGGGGAUACGCUAUGGAAUACCUGCGUUAUAAUUGACACCGAUGGCCAAGUACUGGGAAAACACAGGAAAAAUCACAUUCCGAGAGUCGGAGACUUCAAUGAGUCCACGUACUACAUGGAGGGAGAUACUGGCCAUCCAGUUUUUGAAACUAAAUUCGGAAAAAUUGCGGUCAAUAUCUGCUACGGGCGUCAUCACCCCAUGAACUGGGCGAUGUUCGGUAUCAACGGUGCAGAGAUUGUCUUUAAUCCUUCGGCAACUGUGGGCGCAUUAUCUGAGCCCCUGUGGCCCAUUGAGGCCCGAUGUGCUGCGAUAGCGAACAGCUAUUUCACCUGCGCAAUAAAUCGAGUGGGAACUGAAAUAUUCCCGAAUGAAUUCACAUCAGGCAAUGGUGAGCCUGCUCACAAAGACUUCGGUCAUUUUUACGGCUCCAGUUACGUCACUGCACCAGAUGGGACUCGAACUCCAAGUCUGAGUCGUGAUAAGGACGAAUUGCUUAUUGUCGAGAUGGACCUCAACGCCUGUCGUCAGACGAAAGAUCAUUGGGGGUUUCGAAUGACCCAGAGACUGAAUUUAUACGCCGAGUCACUCACAAAAGCCAUCGACCCAGACUUCAAACCCCAAAUCGUAAGGAAAAAAUAGGAUCAAUGAGAAACACACCACUUCCUCAAAAAUUAUGUUUAUGCUCUUUUCGUAUGCCUUUUGAUAUGAAGAAAUUGUAUUUCUAAUAAAAAACGAUAACUAUUUUAAUACCAUUAA